CUCCCUCCAGAGAGGGCGGGGACCAGGCGGCGGCUGCAGUCGCAGGAAUAUGCUGGAAGCCGGCGGGCGGGCGCCCGGGCGGUGCUGAAGGGACAGUUCCCGCCGCCAAACUUGCCCGGCAGCUGGAGGGCAGGCGGGCGGGGCGGCCCGCGGGGGCACGUGAGCCAUGGAGACCAUCUGGAUCUACCAGUUCCGCCUCAUCGUGAUCGGGGACUCGACGGUGGGCAAGUCGUGCCUCCUGCACCGCUUCACGCAGGGCCGCUUCCCGGGGCUGCGCUCGCCCGCCUGCGACCCCACGGUCGGCGUGGACUUCUUCUCCCGCCUGCUGGAGAUCGAGCCGGGCAAGAGGAUCAAGCUGCAGCUGUGGGACACGGCGGGGCAGGAGCGCUUCAGAUCAAUAACUCGAUCUUAUUACCGCAACUCAGUUGGCGGAUUUUUAGUAUUUGACAUUACCAACCGACGAUCUUUUGAACACGUGAAAGAUUGGCUGGAAGAAGCAAAAAUGCACGUACAGCCAUUUCGGAUAGUAUUUCUGCUGGUGGGACAUAAAUGUGACCUGGCUUCGCGACGUCAGGUUACAAGGGAAGAAGCUGAAAAGCUGUCAGCAGACUGUGGCAUGAAGUAUAUAGAAACCUCAGCAAAGGAUGCCACAAAUGUGGAGGAAUCCUUUACAAUCCUGACCAGAGACAUAUAUGAACUUAUCAAAAGGGGAGAGAUUUGUAUUCAAGAUGGCUGGGAAGGGGUUAAAAGCGGCUUUGUUCCAAAUACGGUGCAUUCUUCUGAGGAAGCGGUAAAACCCAGGAAAGAAUGCUUCUGCUGACUCCCCACAGGCCAGAGGACUCCCGUGAACAGACUGGGUGUCAUCCCAGGAUCAAUACCAACGUUAACUUCAGCAGGAGACGCAAUGGCAGCAUUUAGGACACAGUUAUAAAUCGAUGCUAAUGCUAUUUUGUAAGGUAUUUAAUUCAGAGCGCUAUGCUUGCUGGUGACGCUACCAGAUUGGGGGUUGUGCUAAAUUAUCAGGCAAAGCAGACAACCUUUUCUUGAAACUGGAGUGUCUCCGGAAUGAUCCCCGUUCUCCCUUUGUUAGCACAUAGCUAACCUUAAUGUUCGCAUAUACCAAUAUUACUCAUUUUUCUUGACAGUUUGAAAUGGGUUUUUUGUGCAUAUAUAAUCUGAUCGAAAAGAUUCUCUCAGGAAUUACAUUCUCCUGAGCUCAUCUGUUAAUGCUGAAUAGCAAAGUGGAUUUAAAAGUGCAGUGUUUGCUUACAAAGGAAACGAUCUCAGAGGUAUCAUCAACUAGGACGAAAAUAAUAAUUCCAUAUUUAAUGUGCCAGAUUUUAAACCAUUCUUUGAAAUAUUUAUCCUCCCUUAAUUUACCUGAACGUAAGAAAAUAAGUUUUAUACUCAUUUUUGUUCUCUGAUUUCUUGCUCUUGAUAGAUUUAUGUUUUGUAAAGAUAUCUAAGGAUCCAAGCAAAAUAUUUUAUCGCAAAUAUUUGUAAAAAUAAAAAUGAAGGACCAUUCAUCAGCAAGUGUUUUGAUGUUAUAGUAUAUU